UUUUUUUUUUGCUUUAUAUUUUAUUAUAUUUAUUAUAUUUAUUUUCUCUUUCUUUUUCUUUACAUUUACUUUUAGUGAAACAAAACAAAAAAAAAAAAGAUAUUUUUUCAUAGUCUUGUGUUUUAUCACAAUAGGAAGAAAAGAAGACGUUGAAUCAAUAAUAAAUUAAUACAUCUACAUUUUUUUUUUCAAGAAAAGAAAAGAAAAACGGAAAAGAAAAUGACUAUUGAUGAAAAGAUUGAUAUAAAGCCUGAAGAUGAAAAGAAGGGAGAAGCUCAAUUUGAGGAGCAUGAGCAUGUUGAACAUGAAGAUGAAAUAUCACCAGAAUUAGAACUUUUAUUACAUACUGAUCCCUCUAGCGGCUUAUCUUCCACUGAGGUAGCAGAACGUACUCAAAAAUUUGGUUUAAAUGAAUUACCUGAACGGAAAAGGAAUCCUAUUCUCAAAUUCUUACUUUACUUUACUGGUCCAAUUGCUUAUUUAAUUGAAAUUGCAUGUAUUAUUGCUGCUAUUGUAGGUGACUGGUUAGACUUUGGUAUCAUCUUGGCUUUAUUGUUUAUUAACGCCUUGAUCGGUUUCAUUGAAGAAGCAAAAGCUGAAUCCGCUUUAGAUGCAUUACGUCAAACCCUUGCUUUAAAGACUCGAUGUUGGAGAAACAAUGAAUUGGUUGAAAUUAAUGUAAAAGAAUUAGUUCCAGGUGAUAUAAUCGUGCUUCGUAUUGGGGAUAUCGUUCCUGCUGAUGCUCGAUUGCUUGGUUUAGGUGUAAACGGUGAAGUAAAUGAAACUGAACUUCAAAUCGAUCAAAGUGCUUUAACCGGUGAAUCACUUCCUGUCUCUAAAAAGAAGGGUUCUACCGUUUAUUCCUCUAGUAUUGUUAAACAAGGUCAAAAUUUGGCUGUCGUCACGAAGACAGGUAUCAAUACCUUUAUUGGUCGUGCUGCUAAUCUAAUCGCUAUUACAAAUGAAGAAGGUCACUUUCAGAAAAUUAUUGGUAAAAUUGGUAAUGUCCUGAUUUGGUCUACUAUUGUACUUGUGCUCAUCAUUCUCAUCUAUCAGUUGGUUCAUUUCCGUAAUACACCUAAAGGUGACUGGAGGGAGGUACUUGAACAUUGUCUUGUCUUGACGGUGGCCGCUAUCCCCGUCGGUCUUCCUACUGUCAUGUCUGUCACUAUGGCUCUUGGUGCUAAACAAUUGGCAGCAAAGAAAGUGAUUGUAAAGCGUUUAACUGCUGUUGAAGAGUUGGCCUCCGUUUCUGUUCUUUGCUCUGAUAAAACGGGUACAUUGACUUUAAAUGAACUUACCUUUGAUGAACCUUGGUUAUCGGGUGAUUAUACGGCUGAUGAUAUUCUUCUUUAUUCUUAUCUUGCCGCUGAACCAGGUGCUAAUGAUCCUAUUGAAUUUGCUGUUCGUCGUGCUGCUGAAGGUUCACUUGAUAUCCUUAAGAAUCGUCCUGCCAAGUCCAUCGAGGUUCCCGGUUAUAAAGUCACCGCCUUUCAGCCUUUUAAUCCUGUUACAAAAAUGACGGAAGCCACUAUCCUUGACCUCGCUACAAACCAAUCUUUCCGUGUUGCUAAAGGUGCCCCUCAGGUUAUCACAAAGCUUGCUGGUGGAGAUAAUGAUGCCGUUAACGCUGUUAAUUCCCUAGCUCGUCGUGGUCUUCGUGCUCUUGGUGUUGCAAAGACAAUCCCUGGUGACUUGAAUAAAUUCGAAUUGGUUGGUAUGAUUUCUUUAUUAGACCCCCCUCGUCCUGACUCUGCUGCCACGAUUCGUGAUUGUAAUAGACUUGGUGUUGAUGUCAAGAUGAUUACAGGUGAUCAGCUUAUUAUUGCUAAAGAAGUAGGUGCUCGUCUUGGUAUGGGCCGUGUCAUUCUGGAUGCUAAUCAUCUCGUGGAUCCUACUAAAUCAGAGGAGGAAGUCACUGAACAUUGUCGUCGUGCUGAUGGUUUCGCUCAAGUUAUCCCUGAACAUAAAUAUCGUGUCGUUGAAUUACUUCAAAAUAAGGGUUAUUUGGUUGGUAUGACAGGUGAUGGUGUGAAUGAUGCCCCUGCUCUUAAGAAGGCUAACGUUGGUAUCGCCGUUGAAGGUUGUACAGAUGCUGCUCGUUCCGCUGCUGAUAUUGUCUUACUUGCACCUGGUUUAUCCACUAUCAUUGAUGGUGUCAAAACGUCUCGUGCUAUCUUUCAACGUCUUCGUUCUUAUGCUCUCUAUCGUAUUACCUCAACCAUUCAUUUCCUGCUCUUCAUGUUUAUCAUUACUUUGGUUGAAAAUUGGAACAUGCCUGCUAUUUUAUUGAUUAUGAUUUGUGUAUUGAAUGAUGCCGCUACCUUGGUUAUUUCGGUUGAUAAUACAGAAAUUUCUGAACGCCCAGAUAAAUGGAGAAUUGGACAAUUACUUACCUUAUCCACUGUCUUGGCUGUUUUCCUUACUGCUUUAUCAUUUGCUCAUUUUUAUGUUGCUCGUGAUGUGUUCCAUGUUAAUCCCAAUGAAUUGCAUUCUAUUAUGUAUUUGCAUAUCUCUUCAGCUCCUCAUUUUGUUAUCUUCUCUACACGUGUUCCCGGUUAUUGGUAUAAAAACAUGCCACAUUGGAUCUUUACUGUCUGUAUUCUGGCUACACAAGUACUUGCCUUAUUUUUCUCAGUAUACGGUGUAUUUGGUAAAGAUGAAGGAGUUGAACCCUGUGGUUGGCCAUGGGGUAUCUCUGUCCUGGCCAUCUCACUUGUCUAUUUUAUGCUUCUUGAUUACGUCAAAGUAUGGAUGUUUAGAAGAUGGAAUUUUGCUCUUACAGCUAAGCUAUCUCCUACUCCUAAACGUCGUGCAAAAUUAGAAGCUCGUGAAAAGGAAGCUAUCAAAAGAGAGCGUUUGGAAACUGCUUGGGAAAAGGUUUCAGAACCUGUUCAGGCAUUGCAAAUUAUUGUUGCAUUCCAAAAUGCUGCACGUCAAUAAGGUGCCUUUCUU